CUAUCGAAAUUGUAGUAGCCACAUUCAUGUUUAAAAAUAUCAAAAAUGAUCAUUAUAUUGUACGUAUGUUUCCUUCUUUUAAAAAUGACACUCAUAUUUGUUAACUAAACUAUUCUGAUUUUCAAUGUAUUUCUCAUUUCCGGAUGCGAUAUUCCCAACGUUUUACAUCUUUUAUCAGUAAACAGUUUAUCUUCUUCAGCUAAAUAUUUUGCAUUUAGAUAAUAUAGACACUAUUCAUUUUAUUGUGCGCAAAAAAAUUCAUUUGAUUAUUGACAGUAAACAACAAUUUACAAAAAUAGUUCAAAUAGGUAAUACAAAUAUAACAUAUUUGUAAAAAUAAAAUAUAUUGUAUUUUUAUAUUCGUCAUCAAACAAUUGAUGUAUUAACGCACUUCGCGUAAAAUUUGUAAGGAAAUCUCUUGAGGAUGUGGUUAAGCAUAAUGAAGCAUUUGGUAGAUUAAUUGUUUGACUUUAGUUUAUGUAAGUAUUUACCUAAGCAGUUAAUAUAGUGAAACAAAAAUGAAGGCAAUUUCCAAUAUAUUUACGUUUAAUCAUCAGGACUUAGUAUCUUUUUUGCAAAAGAUUGGACAAUUUGAAGCGGCCAGAAUUGUCAAGAAAUAUAACAUUGACGGAAAGUUUCUAUUGGUAUUCUCUGAUCAAGAGGUUAGUGUUGAACUUACGGAUUAUGAGAAGAAAACAUUAUUAAGUGUCAUCAACUGUACCAAAGUAACCCUCGGAUCUUUAUCAAAAAGUAGGCUAGCUCUAGUAGAUGAAGAUGAAGAUGCAGAAACUAACACUCAUACGGAAAAUCAAGAUUAUAAUUUAUCUGGAGAUUUAUCACUACAUAAUUUAAAAGAUACUGACGACGGAUGUUCAUGCGAAAAUUCUUUUAUAGAUACUAUAAAUGUAGCGGAUGAUUCUUUAAACGCAAAAGAAAAUCUGGAUUUAGAAAUGAGAAAUUUACAACACAUCAAAAAUCAAAAACACCAAAAUUCUCCUUCUAAUGAUUUCCAUAGUGGUAAGAAUCGAACUUCUUCAAAAUAUUUUACAUUUCGCCUUAAUCCUAGUGCAAGAAGGAAGGAGAAGGGUAAUGUACAUGUACAUCCUGUAUCCUAUUUGGAACCCAUCGAGAUAGCCCCGAAUAACUACCGACGAAGUUCCUCUGGUUACAUCUUACCGUCACCAAUAACUCAUCCUCCACCUCGAUAUAACCAAAUAACCACAGACCGUAUAAAGAUGUAUCUACCAAAAGAUUAUGAUCUAAAGGUUGGGACCAGAACAAACCAAAAGAAUUCAUACAUAGAAGUUCUCGGGCCUGCCGAAAGUGAAUCUCGUUCGGAAAAAGACAACACUAAAAAGGGAUCUAAUAGUGUUUGUGAUUUUGUGUUGUAUCUAUGCGGGUUUUCCUGCUUUUUAGGUUGUAAGAAAAAAUAAAGUUUUACUAUGUA